AUGUGGCAGUGCUGCAUUCUGUUUUGGCUGCUCGCGCUGGGUGUGUAUAGCGACGAAACUACCACCACCUCCACGACUGCCGCAAAUGUGACUGCCACAACCACAACGACGACAUUGCCAGCUUUUUGUACAUCUGUCGAAGGCAGAGAAUGCACUUUGAAUCCGCAGUUUGACAAGGUCAUGAGCUGGGAUGGCGACAUCGUGCUCCCUGAGAAGAGUUCGUAUUCGUACCCGCACAACGCGGAAUUCCACGUGACCGGAAAGAUUAUCCUCCGCUUCUCCUCAAGGCUGAUCGCGGCGAACGGUUUGAAGAUCUUCUCCUCAGGCUGGGUGUGCGAGUCGUGCUGGAUGGAGGCCAGCUACGUGGCGACAUCAACAGCGCCAGGAAACUGCAGUCAGGGCGUCAACAUUUCAAGUGGCAUCCUCACUGCAAAGCGAGGUUUCACGAUCGCCUGCCAUGAUGGCGUUGUCAACAUCACUGGCAUGACAAUCGUUAAAGUGGGCACCCCGCAGAGCUUGAAGCCCAGGAAGUUUGUCGUGGUGGCGAACGAUCUGCUGUGCGCGGACAACAAUGUGAACGUCCAAGCCGACAUCAUGGACCUCUACGCCUACCAACACCUACACCUGGCGGCGAUCCCGGACGCGAAAUCCGACCUGCAACUUCGUAGCGCAGGUUCGAUGAUCCUUGGCUGGGAUGGAGGUGGGUGGUCGGUGCACUCGCUGACGGCGGUGGCCUACAGGCUGAGCGUUGCGGAUGACCAUCGCAUCGAGGUCGUUGGCACUGACAGCAUCCCAGCACCUGCUAGAGCCUGUGGGGGGCGGUAG